UUAAAAAAACUUUGGUUAUAUAAUACUCAAAUUACCUAAAGUGUAUGUUAUUGUAUUCUUAUGACGUACCAAAAUGAAUAAUGAAGAAAUUGUUAAAAAAAUGAUGAAAUGUAUUAAUUUUUCGGCAAUAAAACACCGAAAUCAACGGAGAAGUGAUCCUCAAUCUACGCCUUUUAUUAAUCAUCCAAUUGGUGUUGCAUAUAUUUUAACAAAUGAAGGCGAUAUCGGCGAUUUGGAAGUAAUCCAAGCAGCACUUUUACAUGAUACCGUUGAAGAUACAAAAACAACAUUUGAAGAACUUGAAGAACAUUUUGGUCCAACUGUAACGCAUAUUGUUAAAGAAUUAACCGAUGAUAAGUCAUUACCAAAAGAAGAACAAAAUCGUUUACAAAUUGAACGUGCGAGACAUUCCAGUCAUCAAGCAAAAUUGGUAAAAUUAGCUGAUAAAUUAUAUAAUUUACGUGAUAUUGAACGUGCAAUACCUCGGGGAUGGUCUCGUUCACGAGCAUAUGAAUAUUUUUUAUUUAGUAAAAAGGUUGUGGAUGGAUUACGGGGCACGAAUGAAGGUAUAGAAAAAGAAUUAGAUAAGCUAUUUAGAAAAUAUGGUUUAAUACCCUAAUAAUUUUCGUCAAAAUAAUAGCAAUAAUCAAAAUAACAAUAGCAUAAAUAUAUUUUCCACAUAAAGUUGUGUACUUGCGUUUAAAAAAUGUCAAUUCGUGAAAUAAAUAAAUAAAAAUUUUAAAGAAACAUACACAACUUUUUGACUAGAAUUAUAGACUUAUAGCAUAAAUAUGAUGAAAUAGUUAUAUUUCCUGUGUUCG